UUGCUCCUGUCUCAUUUUUAUCCAUCAAAAUAGACUCCUGGUCGCUCGGUCAUUGUAAACUUCUCACAUCAUCAACUGAUACGCAAUGGGCUCCGGCUCAUCCCCACCUCUCGGCCCAAGGCCCUAUUCAGCAGUGCCGUCUCAUCUCUUGAAUGGCAGCUCACCAUUACAUUCCUCGACCGCGACGAGCAAUAGUGCUCGCGAGCGUGAGAGCUUGAAUUCCUCUAUCCGCUCGUCGUUCCGCGGUGCCGUCAGUUUUGAGGCAGCGGACACAAAUGCAGAGAAUGAGCCCAACGAGGCUGAUAAGACAGGACCAGUGAGUCCGCCUUCACUAGUUAGUCGACCGGCCAGUCCGUACACACUGGUACCACCAAUUGAUUUCGACGGCUUGAGCUGGCCAUGCCCCGGCACAAAAGAGCGGCUAGAGGAAUCUCCUGAGCAGAAUGAAGAGCGAGUGAAGAGGCUAGCAAGUGCUGUGAAGACUAUCUUGGAGUGUGUGGGAGAAGAUCCAGAAAGAGAAGGUCUUCUGGGGACCCCCGAACGCUAUGCUAAGGCGAUGCUCUGGUUUACAAAGGGAUACAUGGAGAAUGUUCGGGAUUUGGUAAACAAUGCCACGUUUAUGGAAGAUCACGAUGAGUUAGUCAUUGUGAAGGAUAUCGAAGUGUUCUCGCUAUGCGAGCAUCACAUGGUACCAUUUACCGGGAAGAUUCAUAUCGGUUACAUUCCUGACCGCCGAGUGCUCGGCCUUUCCAAACUGGCCCGUCUGGCCGAAAUGUUCUCCCGGCGCCUGCAAGUCCAAGAACGUCUCACGAAACAAAUCGCUUUAGCUAUCAAAGAAGUGUUGAAUCCACGAGGAGUCGGUGUUGUCAUGGAAUCAUCGCAUCUCUGCAUGGUGAUGCGUGGUGUGCAAAAGACUACCAGCACAACCACAACAAGCUGUAUGCUUGGCUGCAUGCGAACAAGCGCGAAGACUCGAGAGGAGUUUUUGACACUUCUCAAUCGCCGGUGAUUUGCAAUUGCAGCAGUAAUCAGAUAUCUUGUGAGUUGAGUGUAUUUUAAGCGUUUCCUUUCUUAUUUUCUACCACUCUCUUCUAUUUCCCUCUCGGCGAUUUCUCAAGAACGGAGUUAUGGCGGAACCUCUCAACAGGAUUUUUGGCUAGGCAUUUUGCUUUCAUGUUCAUUUUUACACUCUACAGCAGUGGGCGGUGAUGAUCUUUCCACUGAAACUGCAUGAAUGUAUUGUUCUCAACGAUUUUUAGAUACAUACAUGAUACUCCGCAAGGAACUCGACUCUAUUUG